CGGAAACCAGCGUCGCAUCAUAUAGCAAUAGCGUACACCUGCAACACACUCUAGUAUCUCACUCUAACCCUAGUUACCCUACCGCCAUAUAUAAACCCAUCAUUCUGCCGCUCUUCACAAUCUCUCUUUUUCCCUCCCGGCGAGACCGCCUCCGUCUGCAACCAUGCAGAUCUUCGUCAAAACCCUAACCGGCAAAACCAUAACCCUCGAGGUUGAAUCCUCCGACACCAUCGACAAUGUCAAGGCUAAGAUCCAGGACAAGGAAGGCAUCCCUCCUGACCAGCAGCGUCUCAUUUUCGCCGGCAAGCAGCUGGAGGACGGCCGCACCCUAGCCGACUACAACAUCCAGAAGGAAUCCACCCUUCACCUUGUUCUGCGCCUGAGAGGGGGUGCCAAGAAGAGAAAGAAGAAGACCUACACCAAGCCUAAGAAGAUCAAGCACAAGAAGAAGAAGGUCAAGCUCGCGGUGCUCCAGUUCUACAAAGUUGAUGAUUCCGGCAAGGUACAGAGGCUCAGGAAGGAAUGCCCCAACGCGGAGUGCGGUGCCGGGACCUUCAUGGCCAAUCAUUUUGACAGGCACUACUGCGGGAAGUGUGGGCUUACCUAUGUCUACCAAAAGGCCGGUGGCGAGUAGAUUUGUUUGGUCUUAUGGUAUUAUCACAUGAACUUGUUGCAAUUUUGAGUUCUCUUGGUACUUGUUUAAUUUAGUAUUGAAAUUAUCUUGCAUUUUCCUUGAAAUGGUUUUUAGUUGCUGAACUUUAAAGCUUUUGAUGAAGAAUUAGAUAUGGUUAUUAAUACAUUCAUGUUUUUCUU